AUGAUGAACACGAUAUGCAAAGACACGAAAAGCAAGGCAAACAGUUGCCCCUUCAGACUCAAGGUUGAGUAUGUCAGAGUAGUAAGUGGUUGGAAGCUCAGUUGCUUGAACGGCACUCACGAUCAUUCUUUGGUUGUGUAUCCUGAGGGACAUCGACAAAUCAGCGGUCUUAGUCUUGCUGCUAAGCAGGUAGUUCGUGACAUGACUCAGGCACAGGUGCCACCUCGGCAUAUCAUGAGAACUCUUGUAGAAAAGUUUCCCGGAGACCAUCCAAACAUCAGGCAUGUCUACAACUGCAGAAGUAAUAUCAGAAUGGAGCGAUUCGAGGGAAGAGAGGUGGUUCACCAGGUGCUUCAUUUGGCCAGACAGAGCAAAUACCUUACUUGGGUUAUGACUGAUACCAACAACGUGUUGCAACGUGCUUUCAUGGCACACCCGAUCAUGACAAAUUUGCUACGCACAUACCCGUACGUGAUAGGUAUGGAUUCCACUUACAAGACGAACUAA